AGUGGAUGGAUGGCAGUUUUGUGCAAGAGUUAUCUGGUCCUGAUGAUAGUUCAGGGAGCACUAAGUCUAUCUGAUACAAUGACAGUUGAAGCAAAAAAGCUAAAAUCUCAUUAUUAUGAGUUAGACGCAGAAAAGCUCAGAGAUCUUUGGCAUAACGCAAUGAUUCGAGGUCUUAUCAAGGCUCAUGUAAAAGAGAUCUUAUCUUCACUUCCUCGUAUAGAGCAAAUAGUCUAUAAACAAUGUGAAAAAGAUGCCAGAACUACGGUAGCUUUAGCAAAAUGUGCCAUAAGAGUGUUUGACGCUCGUGAUAAUGCUGUGGAAGAAGAAACACUUAAUACUACUACGGAUACCGUUCUUCUGAAGAACUUCACUGUACGACGAAGGCCUGACCCUAAAGCAGAAGAAGUUUUAGUGGAAGAAAAUAAUGCUCAAGCGAAAAAGAAUGAAUUCUUCUUGAAAUACUCGAUGUACUCAACGAGAACUAGGCUUCUAAACCCAAUAAGGAGGCAAAUACGUAGAAACAGGACAAUCCUAGCAUUUACGAACGAGGUUAUAGAAAAUAGGGAAAAAGAGAUAAAAGAGGAAAUCUCACAGAUGUCAAGAAAAAGAAAAAGGAAAAGAAGGGAUAAUAGAGAUGAAAGUGCUGGAUCUUCUCCAAAUCUGAGAAGAGUUGCUAUGAAGUAUGUUGGCAAAGUGCUUGGAGAAAAACGCGCCACCUCACAUCUCAGCAAUCUGCGCCUGAUCCGAGACCAUUUCAACAGAGUCGAAAAAAUCAAUAAAUACUUCAAACAUAUGAACGAACAAAAUAGAGGAAUAUUUGAAAGCGCAGCACUUGGAAUCGACAGCCGUACUCCAGAAAUCACAAACAAUGCCGUGCCCGUUAUCGAACAAGUUCUCUCCAUUGUUAAUUCUUUUUCUGCAUCUAAGUCCGCACCGGGAAGGAUGUCUAUACUUUCGCCGAGAGUACUGUCACUUUUUCCCGAGCCAUCACAUUCGUCGAAGAAGCGGUUACUUUCACCGACAUUUUUCAGCUUUCAAAAAGACGGAUUUCUAUCUCUGCCUGAACUAUUCGACAUCAUCACAACUAACCAAAGAUAUCAACAACUCAUGGUAGAUAUUGUGAUGGAUAUAAGUGGAGCUGGUGCUGUACUAGAGAAACUCGUGAAUGACCUGAGACCUGAGAUUGAGGAUGUGAAAAAUGUGAAACUGCCUCUCGUUGAGCAAUUAUCGAAACGAGAUAUGGAAUGGGCAAGAGCACAUGAUCUCUUCAACGAAGACCAAACUAAGCAAUAUCAUGAAAAAGGUUAUGCAUUACUCACGGAAGACCAGCUCAAUCUAAUCUAUAGCAAAAAUGACCAAGAUCUAUACGGAAUGAAUGUGACAAGACUUGGAGCUAUGUCCGAGUUGGAAAGAGUGCAGCGACUAGAAAGAGAUAUCAGAGCAAUGGCAGCUUUAGAUCGUCCGAAAUGGCCGAUGUGGGACAGCGUGAGACGUCAAAAACGCCAAACGCACGACACAGAUCCGGGAUAUCCCAAUUUACCUGGCGAAGUUCAGCCAGAAGGCGAAACACAUGCCGAAGGGCAUGCGGAAGGAGAAGAACAUGAAGAACGUAUCAAUGGAGUCUUGUAUGAAACUCUUCGCCCAUACGCUUUUACCACAUUUGUUGGAAAAGGUGGCGUAAUGGAGGCGUUUACAUUAUCCCCUCAUGCUUUUGUGACAGAACUCGCCUAUCCCGAAGCGCUAAUGCUGCAAACUCUAUCACCUCGUGCUUUCGUGGCAACCAUCCUUUCCCCGGCAGCUCUUAUAGCUCGAAUCCUUUCUCCAACAGCUCUGAGAGCUGAAGUUCUAUCACCUCGAGCUUUGCACACUUGGAUACUCAGUCCGGAAGCGCUAGUCGCUGAAGUGCUUUCUCCACGAUUUUUAGACCCUCGUGUACUGUCACCAGAAGCAUUAGUUAUUGAUGUUUUGAGUCCAGGAUUUCUUUCUCCCCAUGUACUCUCCUCCGAGAAUAUCGGACUCAUCAUACUGAGCCCAAAUAUAUUGUCCCCUCGUAUAGCAAGUGAGGAAAAGCUUCUAGUUGAGAUACUUUCACCUCACAUUCUUGGUGGUCCACAUACCCACGAAGAAGCGAGCCACGAAGUUGUUGAGGUCGGAGCCCACAGUCCAAUCCGUGAAAGCACAGAAGUGGAACAUGAAGAGCACGAGGCUAUACAUAGAGGACAUAGUCGUGAAGAGGAGGAAGAAAGGGAAGAGAAGGAAGACAAAUACAAAUCUAUGUAG